AUGGAGAGAAACCUUUCCUUCCUUCCCCGUCCCCUCCCCAGUCCUCUGCCGCCGCCACCUUCUUUCUCCACCAAAUCCACCCAUGUAAAUUGUCAAACGUGCACAGCUACUUGCGCUCUAGGGUUUUCCGCCGUCCCCCGCCCCUCCUCCCCGCAGAGGCGCGGCGCUCCGAUGAUGGCGUGGGCGGAGGACGAGGCCAUUGGCCCCGACGUCGCCUUGGCGGGGCUGCACGUCUCGGAGCGGAUCGGCCGCGACGCCGCCGCGCAGCCCGACUUGGAGGAGGCGCUCGAGGCCUCGCGCUACGCCUCCCACCCCUACUCCUCGCACCCCAAGGAGUGCCGUAUCAUUUUGACAAAAUUGGCUGUCUAUGGGAAACUUUGCGGCGAAUCCUGUGGAAUUUAAGAGCUGGAUUUCAGGUUAUGCAAGUUCCUGCCUUCUGUACUCUGAAGCUUGCUACAACAUUGAACAUUCCAAUGGUUAGUUGCUCAUUUACUUGCUUAUUAUCGAAUUGUUUAUAUAGGGAUGGGAUGUUGCUCAAAAUUGCGAUUUUUUGGUGUUAAGCUCUUGCUAGUGCUAGUCUCAGAUACUUGAAUUAUGGGGUUGUGGGAGUUUAUCAUUGAUUAGCACACAGUGCAAUUAAACCAGUACUAAGACCCUACAUCUUGUAGGCAGGUAUUGGAGAACAAUUUCCUCUUUUUUUUCUGAAAAGAGAUCUGACUCGGUUUCGUUUCUGGAAAUAAGGAUGCCCUGAGCAGCAGUUUUGGCCAUAUUUUCUAUUUAAAAUGUUGAAGGUGUGCACAUUUCUGUAUGGUCAUGGUCAUGAAAUACUGAAAAACCUGAAGGUACUCUUGAACAAGCAUGGCACUGGGAUCUAGUACGGGUUAGCUAUGUGAGCUGCAUCCUAUUAGAGAAGGAGGUAACAAUUUGAAGUGCUCAUUGGGCAAUAGACGAGUCUGCAAUUUUGCAUAGUCAGUUUUGUUUUCCUUUGGACUCCUACUACAAUUCUGCAUAUUCAGUCUUCUGUCCUACAUACAUUUUCUGCAUCUUGAUCGCCAACCUUUAUGUGUUUGAGGGUUUGAUCUUUGUCUUAUUUGGGUUAGUGUUCAUGUUAUGUUUGUUAAUGCAGCAUUGCGUACUUCGAUCCAAACUUUCAAACAUUCAAAGUUUCAAACAUGCAAUGAUUUAAAUGUCCAAACAUUCGAAGUUUUAAAAUAGCACGGGCAAUUCCUAAACAACCCAAUGACACUACAUACGCUAGACAACUACUGCUCAUCACUCUUACGCUCAAGGUCCUCCCAGUCAAUGCCGGAACCCUCGUUGUCAUGCUCGGCAUCCUCCUGCUAAACCUUAUUGUCGGAAUCGGCUUUGAUCACCGUGGAGGGGCCAACCUCAUCCUCUUUGCGCUCUGUCAAAAACUACUCAUCAACACUCUCACACUCAUGAUACUCCCAGUCACGAAUCCUCUUCGUCGUGUUGGACAUCCUCUUCCUAAACCUCAUUGUCGGAUUCAGACCUUGAUCAACCUAGAGGGGCCAGCCUCGUCCUCUUUGUGCUCCGUC